AGAGCUUCAACGACAAGGGAAAAACCCUUAAAAACUUAGAAUUUCAGGAUUAGAGUCAUUAUUGGCAUCAAGCCUCAGCAGCGUGAUGGGUUGCCCCCUUGCAGUGUAGGACUGGGGGGAACUGCAGGAGAGGCGUGUGGCCGACCUGCGUCCGGUUUCCCGGGCGUUUGUGCUCAAGGAUGCAUCGUUAAUUUUAAAUUUCCCCUUUAAUUAGCAGCUUUGAUUUCGCGCUGCGCUCCCUUGCCUGGGGCUGCCCACGUGGCCCCAGGGAGCGGAGCUUCCCUUCUGCGCCUGCGCGACUUGCGCUGGUCACGUGCCGUCAGGCAGCCUAUGGGAAGGCGUCUUGCUGCACGGUGCCCGGGGGAAGGAAGUGCCCGCCGGUGUCCGCCGCGGCCGCCGGCUCCUCGCCCGCCUCCGCCGCCCGGUAUGCGCUGAGCCGGCCCGCCCUCCCGCGGCGCGCCCGCCGCCACCUCCGAGGCGUGAAUGACAGAGGAGGUGCCCCCGUCUGCACUUACGGACGUAAACCUGCGUCUUCUCUGCCACGAUGACAUAGACACAGUGAAACAGCUCUGUGGCGACUGGUUCCCAAUAGAGUACCCUGACUCAUGGUACCGAGAUAUCACUUCCAACAAGAAGUUCUUUUCCCUCGCAGCCACAUAUAGAGGCUCCAUCGUGGGAAUGAUAGUGGCAGAGAUCAAAAGCAGAACAAAGGUGCAUAAAGAGGAUGGAGACAUCCUAGCUUCCAAUUUUCCUGUGGACACUCAAGUUGCUUACAUCCUAAGUCUUGGAGUGGUGAAAGAGUUCAGAAAACAUGGAAUAGGUUCGCUCUUGCUUGAAAGUUUAAAAGACCAUAUAUCGACGACUGCCCAAGAUCACUGCAAAGCCAUCUACCUGCACGUCCUCACCACUAACAACACAGCAAUAAACUUCUAUGAAAACAGAGACUUUAAACAGCACCACUAUCUUCCCUAUUAUUAUUCCAUCAGAGGGGUCCUCAAAGAUGGCUUUACCUACGUCCUGUACAUCAAUGGCGGACAUCCACCCUGGACAAUCUUUGACUACCUACAGCACAUUGGAUCAACGCUAGCCAGCCUGAGCCCAUGUUCAAUUCCCCAGAGGAUCUAUCGACAAGCCCAGAGCCUUCUCUGCAGCCUUCUGCCCUGGUCUGGCAUUUCUGCCAAGAGCGGCAUUGAAUACAGCCGGACGAUGUGACUGGAUCGGAAGAUGUACAAAAAGCAAAGGAUUGUUUUUCCUUUCAUCUCCUGAACCAUCCGGCUCUGCACUGAUUCCAGUGAUGGCGGCUCUUGGUCGGUGACCCAGCCCCGGACGGGACUCCUCGUUCCACAGGUUGACCGAGAUUUGGCAGAUUUCACACUUGACGGGCUGCAGCCCUGACUCAUCCCCAUGGCCUGGGCAGGCCUGCCCGUUGCGCGAGGCGUCUGGCCGUGCCGUAGCCGAGGGCCCUUUGCGUCACUGGUCUGUGUGCAUGUUGCACUGUGCCCACCACUUCCCUUAGCCCUGGUUUGCUCCUAGUUGUAUACGUGAUGUAGAGGGGUUCAGUUGCUGCUUCCACACCAUGGCUACUGAAAGCUGCCUGAAUGAGGUUAAUGAAUCUGCACUGACCAACCGUGUAAAUGAGCCGUAUGUGCCCUGGCAGGCCGCUGCUGGCAGAAUAUACAGUUGUGCCCUUGGUGCCGGGGAAGGGGAGCGAGGAUCCUGUCAGGGUCCUGCCAAGUCAGCUGCUGCCGCUGGUGCUUCCUGCAGGUAGCUCCCAGGGAGAGCAACUGCCUUGCAUCAGAAACAACCCAGCCCCGCCAGCCCUCUGGGGUGACUUUAAAAGAAGCAUUUAAUUCAGGAUGCAUCAAGUAGAAGGCAGGGAAUGAAAUUGCUAUUUCAUAGUGAAAUAUAUAUAUUAUACUGUAUAGAUCUUUCUGCCUUUGUCCAAGUCGGAAUGUAGCAGGGGAGGGGAGCUGGGGGUGUAGAGCCACUGCUGCAGCCAGAGCCCUGUGGAGGCCAGUCCAGAGCCCUUCUCCUCCCCUGCAUGCACCCUCCUGCGGCACCGGGCUGGACUCUUGCAAUAUCUUUAGGGAUGAGCUCUGCACACAGAUCACAACAGCUUUUCCUUGCUGACGAAAAGCUCCCCAGCUGCUCCCCGCUGUGCUGGUGGACAGUGUCCCCGUGGCUGUCCCAGGGACUCCUGGCCUGGCUGCAGGACCUGUGGUUGUGGCAGCCUGGGCUGUGUCUUGGCUCACUGGCAGCUAACGUCCAACCUGCGUGGAGGCCCCAGUGUGCUGCAGCCAGGCUGGGCACCCUUCCUGCGCCUCGGAGCACUCUGCUUUUAAGGUCCAGCCUGGGCACGGGCCAGAGGUGUGGUAUUCCCAUGCCCUGCCGGCGUCCUGUUGCGAAUCCCCCUUCCCUAGCUGAGGCUCUGUCCCUGCUCAGCACCAUGUUCCUCAUUCCCUGCUCUUUUUGAAACUGGGACUGGAGCAAAGGAGGGCUAUGCCACAGCUGGUGCACGGCCUGGGCACGCAGGCAGAGCCAGCUUGAGCACUGACACAGUACAGGUCGGGCUUAGACUUAGAAGAGAAAGAAAGCGCAUUAAGACUGUGCAGCCUGGAUGGCUGUACAAAGUCAUUGUGGUGCCGUAAGCCCCUGAGGUGGGAGUUAGUUUAAAAAAAAAAGGGGUGCAGGAGGCAAGCUUGCUGCAAGUGGUACCAUGCUGCUUCCCGAGAAGGGCGGCUGGGACUUGCUGCGCAUGGCUGCCACGGGGCUGGCACUGUGUGCUGCCACUCAGCUUGGGGGUGGCUCUGGCACAGAAAGCUCUGGUGAGCGCAGCGAAGCAGCGUGAUCCAGCCCAGUGCCUGGCACGUACAGUUUUGGAGUUGCAGCAAGCUGUUCUGCGGGGAGGUGCUUGUCCCUCUUCUAGGGCUUGACUAGGCCUGUUGGACUCGAGGAAAAACCGUGUUUCCAUGAGGCCAGUCAUGCUCAGAGCUGUUGGAGUCUCCAUCCUUGGUGACCUUCAAGCCCCACAAUGCCUGGGCUGGCGUUGGCCUUGCUGUGGGCUGUUGGAGCACAGCACUCCAGAGGCUCUUUCAGCUGAGCCGCUCGUGGCACUGCAGCCUGGGCGCACAUGGGAGGGGGGGCCUGUGCAUCCCCCUCCUGUGCCACAGAGCCAGCUGGGUGCCACCACCCUUCUGGGGGCUUGGCAGAGCCGGCUCAGCUGGCUGUGCCCACCACCAGCCCGCAGCUCUGCCCGUGGGGAGCAGGUGCUGCCUUGGCUUUGCCGAGGCGCUGGCAGGGAGGCUUUGGCUGUCCCCACUGCACCUCUUAUGGCCCCCUGGCAGGGGAGGUGGCAGCAGGAACUGCUGCCAUCCCUCCUAGCCACAGCGCUUUCCCAGGGGAGACCUGAAGCAUCCUCCCAGCCUCAUUUGUGCUACCACUUUUUUGGGUUGGGGUUUUUGUUUUUUUUUUUGCUUAUCUACUUUUUAGUUAAACACAUCUAUUGGUUUAUGACUUUCUUUAGCAGCUCAAGGCCCUGGUUUUCCUCAGCACUUUUACUUUCCCUGGACCAGAAUGAAUCUCACCUUCUCUCCUGAUUGCCUAAGACUGACAUUCCCUCCACUUUCUAACCUGCCCAUUACACGCCCCAACUCCACUGCUGUGACACUUAAGCACGUCCGAGGGGAUCUGUGACUGGUCUGUGUGUCCUGCCGCCCUGUGCCCUGAGGUGUCAGCCACAUCCCGCCUCACAGCCGGUUAUUUAUUGAAGAGCAUUGUGCUGCCACCGUCAGCCUCUCUCUAAACAUCUUCAAUUAAACCAAACCUCUUUUCU